CAUCAAAAGAAGAAUAAAAGAAAAAGAACAGAAAAAGAGCGUGAGAGAGAGAGAGGGAGUGGGAGAGGAGGAGGUCGGAGAAAGAAAUGAAGAGAAGAGGAGUAGGGAGGUGAGGAAGAGAGGAUAUAGUGGUGGCCUAUUGGGACACCAUCAAUUGGGUGAAAGGUGGGAUCUUUGGGGGGUUGGAAGGGAAGAGGGGGAGAUGGGGAACGUGACAUCGUCGGUGGCGGCACGGUUCGCAUUCUUCCCGCCGGAGCCGGCGACGUACGAGGUGUUCCGGGAGAGGGGAGGGGAUGGGCGGCUCUGCCUGACGGGGCUGUCGCCGGAGAAGAACGUGGAGGUGCACCUGGUGGAGACCCGCGCCGGGAACCGAGUGGUGGCCACGUUCUGGCGCCACCCCCGCGCCCGCUUCACCGUCCUCUACUCCCACGGCAAUGCCGCUGACCUCGGUCAGAUGCUCGACCUCUUCCUUGAGCUCCGCGCUCACCUCCGCGUCAAUAUCAUGAGUUACGAUUACUCAGGCUAUGGAGCAUCGACGGGGAAGCCAUCUGAAUUCAACACAUACUAUGACAUAGAAGCAGUAUAUGAUUGUCUGAAGAAAGAGUAUGGAAUAAGACAGGAGGAUCUCAUUUUGUAUGGCCAGUCUGUUGGUAGCGGACCAACAUUGCACCUCGCUGCACGAUUACAGAAACUGAGAGGCGUCGUUCUCCAUAGUGCAAUUCUCUCGGGCAUACGUGUCUUGUAUCCUGUGAAAGUGACAUUCUGCUUUGAUAUCUUUAAAAACAUUGACAAGAUACGACAAGUCAACUGCCCAGUCUUUGUUAUACAUGGAACGGCUGAUGACAUCGUCGACUGGACUCAUGGGAAACGUUUGUGGGAACUAUCCAAAAUAAAAUAUGAUCCCUUGUGGAUCAAGGGUGGUGGUCACUGCAACUUAGAGACAUAUCCUGAAUAUAUCAAGCACUUGCGAAAAUUUAUUAAUGCCAUGGAGAAACUUCCACUUGUGAAACAGAACAACCAAAGCAGGCUUCCGACAACAACCAUCACAGAAUCAAAACAUAACAAGUGUUUGAGAUUUGGCAAGAGAUAGCUGUUCAAACGACGCCCGUAGGUUCAUCUGCAUUUAUGCCUCAAUCCUUUGCACAAGUCUGUCUGUCUUCAACAGGCACCGCAUGAGCUAUGAUCGAUCGAAGACAAAGACCACAGAGAGUAGGUACAUUAUUGACUCAGAAAGCCGUAACUUCCGUGUCUAAAAAUGAUCCUAAAGAAUACUAAUCCGCUGAGAUCCUGUCGCAAUCCAUGUCUCUGGAAUCGACAAGUAUGCUUCAUCGAUCCAAUUAUUUGUCUGAUUUGCCAGAUUGAUGGCUUGUGUAAACACUUCCACUUCAAAAGCAAAUACAUGGUUUGUUUCUCGAAUCUUGCACUCCAUGUUCUCCUUCUUGAAAGAACACUUCUUCAUGUAAGUCGGUAGAUUUUGUUUUGCUUGACAUUAUCUCCUCUGGACAACAUUGAAAAGUGAAGCUAAAUGAUGAAAGAUGGGAAUCAAGUUUCUGAUA